AUGUCCCGCCGCGUGCUGCUGCCGUUCUUCGCCCUGCUGGCGAUCGCCGUGCUGGUGCCCUGCUUCGUCGGCGGCGGAACUCGCAGCGGAAACGGCCGGGCGCUGAGGGCGCCACGACAAGCAACGACGUCCCAGUCGGUGGCUUUGGUGCAGGUGACGAAAGAGAACACCAUCGCCACCGCGGGCGUCCUGGGCGGGGUGACCGGCCUCCUCUUGGGCGGCUUUUGGAUCGGCGCGGCAGGCUUUGUGGCCACCUCCUACCUGGCCAAAAAGGAGGAUGAUGACGUCUCCACGGUUUUGAAGGGUGUCUCUUCAGCGUCUUUGGAGGCCUUGAAUUUUGUGGACUACCUGAACCAGAAGUAUGAAGUCUCUGGCAAAGUCGGCGCAGCACUGUCAGGCGCGCUGGACUCUACCGAAGGUGAAACUUCAUCCUCCGUGAAAUCGACCCUGGGCACCGUAAAUGGAGCAAUCGACAGCUUUGACAAGGAUAUUGGCAUCCGAGAGACGUUGGGAGGUUUGGUGCUGGCCGGUUCGGACUUGGCCAAUCAGCUGGCCACCAAGGUGGUGGAGCUCAACAAGGAAUACAAGGUCACAGACCAGCUGAAGAGCAAAAUUGAUGAAGCUGUGGCCAGCUCAAAGAGCUAA